AUGAUGAAAGUUGCGUUUCUGGUCUUGUUUGCUUCCUAUAAUCUUCUGAAUGUUUUUGGAACCAGUACUAUCUAUGGUCCCAGUAUCGAGCAUUAUCCUUCUCGUACACCAACUAUUGCAGAAGCACAUUUGUUUGAUUCAGAGCAUAAAAAAGUCGUUCCAUUCAAUGCCGCAGCGAUCGAAGAAGCAGCGAAUAGCUUUACUGACCAACAAGUGAAUGAAGGUGCUGUGGUAUUUGUUAAAGCUGGAAACGUUAUCGGCACUGGCGCUGGAUCAGGAUCGACUCCGUUUCUCAAAAAUAUCGGCAAGAAGGGUCGGAAACGUAAGAUUCUCAUUACUCCAAUCGGAGAUUGGGGCUCGUGUACGUUCAACGACAGUGUUAAGAUUCAAUCUUGCUAUGGGAUUGCAUUCGGUGGUUUCAAGUUCACAGGUACUGGUACAUUUGGACGCACACGAGGUUUUCUCGCCGUGGAUUGCACAGAGAGCUCUGUAUUUAAUAUGGCUCCUCUGUCCUACUUCGGUGGGCAAACACUCGAUAACACACCUUCGUGGGAUAUCGAAUUUGUCAACAUGGUAGUUCCAGACGCAAACGUAAAGUACGAUGUGAAUAACAAUGCAGAUACAGCUGCAUUUCGUACAGGAUCAAAUGCACCGGUCAGCAACGUUCGCUUUCUCGGCUGCUAUUUCGCGCCAUCUUACCGUGAAGCUGGCUCGAAGGCACAUACUGAUUCGCUUCAGUUCUCCGGAGCGAGUACAUACUCUAAUAUUCAACUCGAAAAUACGGUGGCAUUCGGAAGCACGAAUGCAGCAAUUCAGGUCGGUGCUGCCAGUCACUAUGCGUUCGUUCGCACACUCAUCAUUGGUAGUAAGAUGACUUGUGUGCGCUAUCCUGUUCCUGCAGGUGCCGAUGGAUACUCACUCGGCUUUGUCAAUCCAAAUGCCGUCAAUGGUGCAGCAACAAAUGCGACGGCGAUCAAUUCGAUCAUCAUUGGAUCUAUUGGUUCAACACGUUGGGCUUUCCAAUCGGGUUCGACAAUCAGCUACGUUCCACAGAGUUCCCAACAGCCAGCUUCAGGAUUGAAAUGGUCAGUGGAUUCUUCGCUUCUCAACCUGAGCAAAACAUGGAUCAAUGAUAACGUCGCUCACCCAACAAAUACCUAUUUGCAGAACAUAUUCGGUCAUACAGCUCAAAUGGUGAAUAUUCAACGUUCCUAA